AAAUUGUCGCAAUAUAUUAAAACGUAGUGGUUAUAUUCUUUUGUAUAUUAUAAUUAUAUUUAUUAUUGUUUUUGAAUGUAUUGAUUUAUUCAUAUUAAUGAUUCGUAAUGAAACUGUAAUAGUAAGAGAUUGCAUUUAGAGAUACAGGUUAUUAAAAUUUAAAAACCAUAGAAAGCACAGGAAACUUGUUACUGUUAGAACCUUAUAAAAAUGUCUUCAAUCGAUUUUGACCCAUCUAUUAAGCUAUGCUUAAAAUAUCUUCAUUCAAGUGCAUCCGAUUCGACAGAACAAUUACGCUUAACACUUGAUGAUAUGAUUCGACAGACCUAUGGCAAUUCGAAGACUCUUGGACAAGUUUUACCUAAAAAAUAUCUUAUUGAAGAAAAACUUGAAUCACCGUCACGAUCCAAGCAUAAGAAUGACAAAACUUUAGGUAUAACAAAGACAGUUGCUAUACCGCAACAAAGCCCACAGCAAAUACAAAUUCCAGAAAGAGAAAACGACGAUGGCUCGGUUAUGGAUGGAGAACUUGCUUUUGAUUUCUUACAAGAAGAUUUGACUUGUGUUGUUUGCCGACAAAUUGCAGUGCAAGCAGGCAAUCGCUUAGUAGAGUGUGAUGCUUGCCAUGCACUAUAUCACCAGGAUUGCCAUAAACCUGUGAUAAGUGACAAUGAUAUGGCAUCUGGCUGGCAGUGUGCUUCAUGUCUCACAUCUCAAGGAUUUGCCAGUGGAUUUACUAACACUAUAUCAUCACCGUCUAAAUCCCCUACUCGAGUAUCUGGAUCUACAACUCCGGUGAAAAUAUCUUCUAGUAGUUCUUCAUCAUCUCCACCUUCAAAAGUUGUCACUCCUAAUAUCAAUAUAAUAUCAGCUGAUAAAAGAAUACAGAUUAUGAAAAAAAAGGCAGCAAAACAACAUGAAAAAAAGAAGAACAAAUAAAUUAAAAUAAUUAUAUUAUUUCAUCGUUUUUAAAUAAAAGUAUUGAUUUAAU